ACUCGCGGUGAAGGGCCACUCCUCCCUGAAACACCUUUGACAGCCCGAACGGAGUGUUGUUUGUUCUGGUCAGUGGUAUGGGUGCAAAAAACAAGUAUUAAGUAUUAUAUGCUAACAAAAUCAGACGAAUCUCCUCUAGCGCCAUUUUCAGUCCGAAGUCUUGGGUUUUCCUCGACAAACUCUCGCGUUUCUCCUGAUCCGCUGCAGGUUGCAAUCUGAAGUACCUUAUCUGGAAGGAAGGCUGAGACGCGAAAAGAAAAGAAGCCUGCCGCGCUUAAAGGCUCCAUCAGAUUCCCAUCACUGACUUCUGAUAUGCCAACACAAGUAAAAGUCAUCGUGGUUGGUGCAGGGAGCCGUGGACAAACAUACUCAGAAUUCGCUCUGCUGCAUCCACUUCGCGUGAAGGUGGUUGGUGUGGCGGAUCCAAACGUGUUUGCUUGUAAGAAGCUGCAGGAACUGCACGGCAUUGCUGACCAACAUGUGUUUGACGACUGGCACGGUGUUGCGCAGAGGGAGAAGUUUGCGGAUGCAGUGUUUAUCUGUACCCCAGACCGGCUGCACAAGGAGCCGGCCGUGGAACUAGCAAGACAAGGUUACCACAUCCUGCUGGAGAAACCCAUGGCUGUCACCUCCAGGGACUGCAGUGAGAUUGUAGCUGCCUGCAUUGAGAACCAUGUGAUGCUCACCGUGUGCCAUGUACUCCGAUAUGAUCCUACAAUUCACAAGAUAAAAGAGCUUAUCGACAGUGGUGCCAUUGGGGAUCUGGUCCACAUUCAGCAUUUAGAACCGGUUGGAUUCUACCAUUUUGCCCACUCCUUUGUUAGAGGGAACUGGCGGAACGAAGCCAGAAGCUCCUUCGCCCUCCUUGCAAAGUCCUGCCAUGAUAUUGACCUCAUCCACCACUGGGCUGGGGGCCGCAGGUGUGUCAAGGUGUCAUCGUUUGGAUCUCUCUGCCACUUCACCAAAGACAAUAAGCCUUCUGGAGCUGGUGACCGCUGUUUGGACUGUCCUGUUGAAGCAUCCUGUCCAUAUUCUGCGUGCAAGAUCUAUCUGGAUAGAGUUAAAAAGGGGCACGUCCGCUGGCCGGUCUCGGUGCUGUGCCCCAGCUCAGUUCCCGACAUUGAGACUGUGACGGAGGCUCUGCGUCGGGGUCCUUACGGCCGCUGCGUCUACAGCUGCGACAACGACGUCUGCACCAAUCAGGUUGUGAACAUGGAGUUUGCCGGAGGUCUCACUGCUGCCUUCACCAUGGUGGCGUUUACAGAGGAAGUCUGCAGGCGCAAGACCACCAUCCACGGGAGCAAGGGUGAGCUGUCCUACGAUGGUCAUAGGCUCUCGGUGUUUGACUUCCUCACGCAGACGAGGACAGAGCAUACGGUAGACAUACAAGUGCUUGGAAACUUCGCCUCACAUGGUCACGGCGUGGCUGACUACUACCUGGUGGAUGCCUUUGUCUCUGCUGUGGCGAACAAUGAUUCAUCCCUGAUCCGGUCGGGACCUGAGGAGACCCUGGCCAGUCACAGGCUGGUGUUUGAGGCGGAGCAGUCUCGGCGGGAACAUCGGGUGAUAUUCUGUGGAAUGGACCAGGAAGAUCAAGGGCCAAAGCAGGAAGUGAUGAAACAACCCCAUUCCCAAAGCCCUGAAAAUGUUUAGGGGGAGGGCUGGAGAAAUACUUUGGGCCUUUGAUUGGCCUACAUAGAAUAACACUGCUACUGUUAGAAGGCGGGCUUAACUUCAAAAAUCGAAGUACUAAUUCUAAUUCUAGAAUUAGCAACUGUAACUUAAACAAUUUUAAGUUUUAAACUUUUAGCAACUGUAAAUUAAACAAUGCUUCAUUCUAGUCACAUUAGAGUUUCUACAGUAUUGUCUGUAAUACUCAACUGUCCAGUUACUUUGAAGAGAAAUUAAUAUUGUACUGUGACGUUUUUAAAUUACGUUUUUAU